AUGCAUUCAGAUUCUUACAAUGAACAGUGGAAUUCAUUCAAUUCCAUUGAAAGUUGUAGUAAUCUGUUUCAGGAUGAUUCUAAGUUCCGUUGCGAAUUUUCCUCUGGUGUAAAGACAAUUGCAACAGUCUCUGUCGAAUCAGGAGUAAUUCAGUUUGGAUCCACUGAAAAGAUUAUGGAGAGGCUGGAGUUUUUAGACGAAACAAAAAGGGUGUUCCAGGAGAUCAAAAAUCUUCAUGGGAUUAUUCCUCUGGCAAGUGAACCUUCAUGUUUGAACAAUGAAGCCAACGAUCUAAAUGAAUUAUUUGCUUCCUUAAUUUCAUCUGCAAACUUUCAUGGAGACAUUGCCAACAUACUUGGUGAUAAAUCUAAAGAUCUAGGAGGAAAUUGUUUAUCUCCAAUGAAUUUACAGUCUACAGCAUCUGAUGACAUGGGCUCAGCUGAUAAAACCCUGUGGUGUAGUACAUGGAGUACUGAACAUUCUUUGUUGGCUUCAUAUGACCCACAUUUGGCAUCUGAUAUUGGGGUACAGGAUUCUCUUAAGACUUGCAGAAACACAGCUCAAGACUCAACUCUCAUUCAAGGAAGCUGUGGAUAUCAGAUGGAUAAUCAGCAACAUCUACAGGGAUACCCUGUAGAGUUUAACCGAGCUGGUUGUAUUACAGAUGUUUCCAGAUCACUCAUGGAUGAUCUUUCUCAGUGGUUUGCUGCUUCCCCAGAACAGGACUUCAAUGGCAUUAAAACCAUAAUGAAUGGUGACCUGUCACCAGUGUUUGAAAGUACUUUGGUGUCGCCUAGUCUGGUUAAAGGUGAUACCUUUAUCAACCUACCAAUUGAGCAUCCCGCAACUUCUAUGCAAAGUUCCAUCACGAAUGCAUUCAGUGCUGAUGCUCAUGAGAAAUCUGUGAUCAUUCAGAGUUCUGGAAAUGAUUUGUUUAAUGGUUUGGGAACAGAUCGCGGGUGUGGUCAAGUCCGCGAGUGGGAAGAUAGUAUACUGUCAGUAGUUAGUGGUGACUGCUUGGCUGCCGGAACUGAUUUGACCAAAGAGGCGGAAGUUGGUUCUGCGGCUGGCCCCCGGAGGGGGUUAUUCUCGGAAUUAGGACUAGAAGAGCUUCUAAAUGGAAUGAAUACUACUUCCAGCUCUAUGACUAAAUGCAGUCUAGAAGACCAAUUAUCCACCAGGAAAAGGAAAUUAGAAAGUUCAUCUGUGGGCACUAAUCAGGUACGAUUAGCAAGGCUUGCUGGUUCUGGAGGGAGCAUGCAUUUGACGAGACCUUUGUAUAACUUGGACAAGACAAACUGUCUUGUACCAAAGAAAGAGGUUCUCCCAAAAUCACAGGUGGGCUUAUGGAUCGAUGAUAGUUAUAGUGUCAAUGCUAGAAGUAUGUCUCAAGCAAAACCACAGAAGGCUGAGGAUCACACAAAGACCGCCAAGAAGAGGGCAAAGCCUGGAGAGAGUACUCGACCAAGGCCCAAGGAUCGUCAGCAGAUCCAAGACCGUAUUAAAGACUUGAGGGGGAUGAUCCCCAACGGUGGCAAGUGUAGCAUUGACUAUUUGCUGGACCGCACCAUCAAGUACAUGAUUUUCUUGCAAGGUUUGACGAAACAUGCUGAUAAGCUUAAACAACCUCAUGAGCCAAAGGAGAAUGGUGUGGUUCUAAAAGAUCACAGCAGUAGAUCUGGUGGUAACAAUACUUGGGCAUUAGCAGUUGAGGGUCAAAAUGUGGUUUGCCCUAUACUCGUUGAGGACCUUAGUACACCUGGUCAAAUGGUUAUUGAGAUCCUCUGUGAGGAGCGUGGUUUCUUUCUUGAGUUAGCAGACGAAAUCCGGGGCUUUGGGUUGAAUAUCUUGAAGGGGGUGAUGGAGAGCCGAGAGGAUAAGAUAUGGGCACGCUUCAUCGUUGAGGUGAAGCUCUAA